AACCAAAAUUCAUUUUGUGUUCACCAUAAUUUAUUGGUGAAGACUGAGCAAGUGCAAUGGCAUCUAUUGGUUGUGCUGCUAGUUUAUCACCGCAGUUUGCGUUGGUCUCGAAGAAGAGCAAAGCCUGUAUAUCUGCGCGUACAAGAUCGAGGCCUAUGGCGCCGAUUCGAGCAGAGACCACCGGCUCUGUCAUGGAGAAGGCAGGAAUCAAGAUUGAGAGGAAUCCUCCCGAGUCCAAACUCACCCAUCUCGGGGUCAGAAGUUGGCGCAAGUGGGGUUGCUCUCCAAGCAAAUUUCCAUGGACAUACUCAAGCAAAGAGAUUUGCUAUCUGCUGGAGGGAAAAGUGAAGAUCUACCCGGAUGGUUCAGAGGAGAUUGUUGAGAUUGGUGCUGGUGACUUGAUUGAGUUCCCAAGAGGAAUGAGCUGCACUUGGGAUGUUUCAGUAACUGUGGACAAGCACUACAAAUUUUACUAAUUAUGCUAUGAACAAUUCCUCCACUUCUGCUAAAAUAAAAGAAUGCCUAGACUGUGUAUGCUACCUAUAUAUGAUUUCUUCCUCCUACAAAACAACCUACCAUGUAUUUGUCAAGUGCUACUUAGCUUUAUCAUAAAAAAAAGGUUCUAUAUAUGAACCUAACCGUUAUUUUAUGUGAA